AUGAAUCUGAGCAGACACUUGAAUGAAGUGAAGGGUGAGCUUCUCUGGUCACUUGGAUGGAGAGAUCCAGAUGGUGGUAGCAUCAGAGUUUCAUUCAAUUCUUUGUGCUCGUGUGUGUCUUUCAGUUCUGAGGAGGGUUUCGGGUCAGUGGAGAAGGUGGUGCUGCUCACGUUUCUCUCGACGGUUAUCCUGAUGGCCAUCUUGGGGAACCUGCUGGUGAUGGUGGCUGUGUGCUGGGACAGGCAGCUCAGGAAAAUAAAAACAAAUUAUUUCAUUGUAUCUCUUGCUUUUGCGGAUCUGCUGGUUUCGGUGCUGGUGAUGCCCUUUGGUGCCAUUGAGCUGGUUCAAGACAUCUGGAUUUAUGGGGAGAUGUUUUGUCUUGUUCGGACAUCUCUGGACGUCCUGCUCACAACAGCAUCGAUUUUUCACCUGUGCUGCAUUUCUCUGGAUAGGUAUUACGCCAUCUGCUGCCAGCCUUUGGUCUAUAGGAACAAGAUGACCCCUUUGCGCAUCGCAUUAAUGCUGGGAGGCUGCUGGGUCAUCCCCACGUUUAUUUCUUUUCUCCCUAUAAUGCAAGGCUGGAAUAACAUUGGUAUAAUUGAUUUGAUAGAAAAGAGGAAGUUCAACCAGAACUCUAACUCUACGUACUGUGUCUUCAUGGUCAACAAGCCCUACGCCAUCACCUGCUCUGUGGUAGCCUUCUACAUCCCAUUUCUCCUCAUGGUACUGGCCUAUUACCGCAUCUAUGUCACAGCUAAGGAGCAUGCCCAUCAGAUCCAGAUGUUACAACGGGCAGGAGCCUCCUCCGAGAGCAGGCCUCAGUCGGCAGACCAGCAUAGCACUCACCGCAUGAGGACAGAGACCAAAGCAGCCAAGACCCUGUGCAUCAUCAUGGGUUGCUUCUGCCUCUGCUGGGCACCAUUCUUUGUCACCAAUAUUGUGGAUCCUUUCAUAGACUACACUGUCCCUGGGCAGGUGUGGACUGCCUUCCUCUGGCUCGGCUAUAUCAAUUCCGGGUUGAACCCUUUUCUCUACGCCUUCUUGAAUAAGUCUUUUAGACGUGCCUUCCUCAUCAUCCUCUGCUGUGAUGAUGAGCGCUACCGAAGACCUUCCAUUCUGGGCCAGACUGUCCCUUGUUCAACCACAACCAUUAAUGGAUCCACACAUGUACUAAGGUACACCGUUCUGCACAGGGGACAUCAUCAGGAACUCGAGAAACUGCCCAUACACAAUGACCCAGAAUCCCUGGAAUCAUGCUUCUGAUUGAGGACAUGGCUCACAACUUAGCCAUUCAUUCACAUUCAUGUUUGCAUGAACAGGUCACCCUGGCAUCACUCCUGAUCCUCAUCACCACCAGUGAGGCAUGAGGCAGUAGGGGCUGAGAGCCCAGAGGAGGUACAUGGAGGACAGUGUUGGGGGGUAGCUGAGGCCAGAGCCUUGAGGGUCUCAGAGUUGUGAAGAAACUUCAGGCAUCGUCAGAUUCAGCCUCCCACACAAUGCAGGAGUAGCAUCUUCUAUUGCAUCCCUGAAAGUUGGUCAAUCUCUGCUUAUACACCUCCAGGGACGGGAGCUCACUACCUCCUAAUUCAGGCCCUUUUAUUUUGGAGAAGCUCUCAUUAUAAGGAAUUUCUUUCCUUUCUUGGAACGCAAACCUGUUGCUGCUCCAACUUCCAUGCAGUUAGCCCCCACUUUCCCAUGACAGCCCUUAAAUACUGGAAGAGAGUAAUCUGUCACCAUGCCUUUCAGUUUUUUUUAUAAACUGAAACAUCUCAAGUUUCCUCUCCAUUGUGGCCAUCUUCUUCUGGACAUGCUUUGGUGGGUGAAUUAAUCAUGGUUCUUCUAAUAAAGUUAGGUUGAUAUCAAUGCCAAUAUGUCUAUCUAGAAGCAUUGACAUA